AGUGCCAUAAAGUGUAAUUGCCCAUACACACUAUUCUGAAUGGAGGUCUGCGCAGACUGCACUGAAGGCCUCCUUCAAUUUGUGAGUUGUCCUGAUAAUCUUAUCCGGAGGUUGCUGCAAACCGAUGAAAAACCUAGUGAACACCCUAGUUUUAAGUUGAAUAUUAUUUGCUCGUUCAUGAUGGUCAGCCAGAGGGAUGAAUACCAACGAUUUAAAUCACCUCAUUCCACACAUCAGUAGCCAAGCUGCAGCUCCUCAUUACAGAUGGAUAGCGACUGCGCAGCGCAGGUGGCCGACACACAAGAAUUUGCAGCACCACUCGCACUAUUCGAUGGGGUGCGUGCGCCCCGGGUAACCGAUAACCGUGACCAAUGAUUUAUGACGCUUGAAGAGGGUCUCUCAAUUUGUUCACUGAAUAGCAGUCUUUUAAAAAUGCGUUUGAAGACCCAUUAAUUUCUUGGAUCUACAGGCUCACUAACUAUGCCCGUCGCUCCCAUUUUCAUUGUAGUUUCGAUAAUUAUUUCCAGGUCAAAAUUUCAGUUUCCUGUGCGGCUUGUUUGUAGGCUACUAAAAAUGGCCGGUGAUGGAGGCGCACUGAAGGAUAUCAAUGAGAUUAAAUCCCAGUUCAGGACUAGAGAGGGUUUUUACAAACUGCUGACCCUCUCGGAUUCACAACAACGAGGCGGACUACCUCGGGGUCUGUCCGCAGGUACCACGGUGGGCCCUGGGGGUGGACCGGGUUCGAUACCCGGUGGUGGUUUAGGUCUGGUGCAGGGGCCCGGAGCUGCCUCCUCCUCCAGUGCCGCAGCCAACUCCUCUCCGGCGGGUUUCCUCCCUCCUGUCAGGGUCUCCAUGGUGAAGCUUCAACCGGAGGACCCGAGUGAAGAAUCCGAGAGAGUGUGUUUUAACAUCGGAAGAGAGCUUUAUUUCUACACUUACACAAAUAUCAAGAAGGCUGUGGACCUCAGUAAACCUAUAGACAAGCGUAUCUACAAGGGCACCCAGCCCACCUGCCAUGACUUCAACCAGUACUCUGCCACAGCAGACAGUGUGGCCCUCAUUGUGGGCUUCUCAGCAGGCCAGGUUCAAUACCUGGACCCCAUUAAGAAGGAGACAAGCAAGCUCUUCAAUGAGGAGAGGAUGAUAGACAAGUCCAAGGUGACCUGUCUGAAAUGGCUGCCCAAGUCCGAGAACCUGUUCCUGGCCUCUUACGCCAGUGGCCACCUCUACCUCUACAAUGUGGAGCACCCGUGUGGCACCGCCGCCCCACAGUACUCCCUGCUCCGCCAGGGCGAAGGCUUUGCAGUCUAUUCCUGCAAGACGAAGACGCCCCGAAACCCGCUGCUGCGCUGGGCCGUGGGCGAUGGAGGCCUCAACGAGUUUGCCUUCUCGCCAGACGGUGUGCAUGUGGCGUGUGUGGGCCAGGACGGCUGCCUGCGCGUCUUCCACUUUGACUCCAUGGAGCUGCAGGGUGUGAUGAAGAGCUACUUCGGCGGCCUGCUGUGCGUCUCCUGGAGCCCCGACGGCAAAUACCUGGCCACGGGCGGUGAGGACGACCUGGUGACGGUGUGGUCGUUCGCGGAGAGCCGCGUGGUGGCCCGGGGACAUGGCCACAAGUCCUGGGUGAACGUGGUGGCCUUUGACCCCUUCACCACCAGCCUGGAGGACGAGGAGCCCAUGGAGCUGAGUGGCAGCGAGGAGGACCUACAGCAGGGGCCGCUGCACUUUGGCCGUGUGCGCACGAGCAGCACGCUGUCACGCCUCUCCCGCCACAGCUCCAAGGGAGGCUCGCCCUCCGUCACCUACCGCUUCGGCUCGGUGGGCCAGGACACCCAGUUCUGUCUGUGGGACCUGACAGAUGACGUGCUGUACCCGAGGCUGCCUCUGUCCCGUGCCCUCACCAACACCUUCGGCCCCACCAUCCCUCCCUCGGUCAGCAGCACCAUCAACAACACUACAGGUGGAGGGGUCGUAGGAGGAGUUGAGGGCCACCACCACCCCACCACCACUAACCCCCACCAGCCACCCCCCAUGCCCCUGCCACUCCCCCGCUCCCUGUCGCGCUCCAACUCCCUCCCCCACCCCGCCGUGGCCAACGUCUCUAAGGGCCAGAGCACGACGGAGGGCGGGGGAGGGAGCGGAGGGGGCAACGCCACCCCCUUCAGUAUCGGCCGCUUCGCCACGCUCUCCCUGCAGGAGCGUAAAUCAGACAAGUCUGGAGGGAGCGGCGUGGGCGGGGAGAAGGAGCACAAGCGAUACCAUAGCCUGGGAAACAUCAGCAAGAGCAACGAUAAGAUCAACGUUGCGCCACGCAGCAGUCGCCUGGACGCAGCCAAGGUCCUGGGCACCACCCUGUGUCCGCGGAUGCACGAGGUGCCCCUGCUGGAGCCCCUGGUGUGUAAGAAGAUUGCCCACGAGAGACUGACCGUGCUGGUGUUCAUGGACGACUGCAUCAUCACCGCGUGCCAGGAGGGCCUCAUCUGCACCUGGGCACGGCCAGGUAAAGUGAACUUGACAGCACAGAACGGGAACUCGCCCAGUGGCACGGUGGUAUAGCUGGAAGUGGAACUUUGCACCCCUCACCAAACCCCCAUCAUGGCUGAAGAGGGGCCAGCAUCUGCACCGUAUCAUCCCAGUAUUGACCCCUGAUGUAUCCCCUUGCCUCUCACCACUUCUCUUUAGGAAGACUACAAAACUAAAAUGGGGACCGUCCCUCUUUUCCCAGAAGCAUAGAGAAGGCCGACUCCUCUCCACCCUGCAAACACGAAAGUAAUUGUAUUUUAUUUAUCUUAUCUCAAGACUGAAGUAAUUUAUAUUGUAAAUAAUACGAAUACUCUAUCAAUACAGAGGACAAAGAGUAUCAAAAUAUUGACUCAAGCGAGUGGAAAAAAAUAAAAUAUUACUAUAUGAAAAUCCUAUAUUGUACAUAGCGACACAGUUAACAUUGAAUGUCUGCAGUUAGGGACCUGAAGAUAGUGUUUUUGUGUGAUAGAGUUCCUUGAUUUGUCGUGUCUCUUGAAGCAAACUGGUUGGAGAUGGACGCAUUUAGGGUCUCCGGCAUCAGACUUCACCCUUGUGCAGUACGGAGAGCAAUCCUCCUAUGGCUGCUACUGUACUCUUCAGCUGAGACUGUCCGCUCCCAAUGAUACUUGUUCCCAACAUUACUGCACAGUGACACACCGUACGCUUUCAAGCAGUGUAGCAUCCAUUAGCCUCCAUUCCCCUUCACACCUGUAAUGCCUCUUGCAAGAUUUUGCACAUUCAACAUUGGUCAUUUUAGCCCACAAAAGGAAACUGGAGGCAAUUUGUCCUGUGGUUUUCCUUUUGUGUUUUGUUAAUUGACAUGGCUUUUAUUUCAUGUCAUUUUAAGCUACUGAUUCUAACUCAGCUGUAUUAUUUGUGGAGUCAUUCUGUAUUCUACCAACCUGGAUAAAUGACAAUGAUCAGUGCAUCUGGCAUCAAACCAUUGUUUUACCUAGAAAUUAAAGUUCAUGUGUGGGAUUUGAGGUUCGGUAUGCUGAAAGGCAUGCGACUGACAUGAGUCAAAGCUACCGGUGUAAAAACACCAGACUAGAAAUGGUGGUGGACCAACUAAAACAAUUUGUAGAGAAGAAGUGACUGUUUAGGAUCUGGCCAGUUACGAUAACACUGUUAAUGGUAUGUACACUGAAGACUACCCAUUAUGUGUCUAUGCCCAAAUAACAGUUAUGUGAAAUGGCAGAAGGGGACACUAAAACCAUCAACACAAAUAAUUUACUGUACACUGAAGAAUACCCUCUGAAGGCCUUUUUCAAUACUGCAAGAUGGGAACUAACCAUUUUAUUCCAGGGGAAGAACAUCCAUUCCAUUUGUUUUUCUUUGUUUACAGACCAUAGCAUGUAAUGUCUUUUUUUAAAUCAGUGUGCAUUAUACACACUUACACUUGUGGCGGAAAAUUAUAUCACAGUAUUAAGUUUGUCUAUAGGGGGAUCUAUUAUUAAAAUUCUAAACCCAAAUGCUA